UCGAUCCGCGGGUGAAGACUGAAACCAGGUCUAGAUUUUAGUACGCAUCAGAAUCGCGACUAUGAAAAGUUUUCACACCGCGGUACUCGUCCACGUUACGCCCGUAUCGAACGAUCCUCCUCAUGACGCAGUCUGCACAGUACACGAAAUUUCGAUGGACCGAGAAUCUCACCUGCCGAUUCAUUCAGCUCCGAAAGGAAAAUGGAAAACUCUUCACUGGUCGCAAAUACUCGGCCCAGGCGGGAUGGGAAUACAUACUGCAACAGAUGCGACAAGAAUUUCCCAGCGUGAUGGCUAACGUGCACUACAGGGUGCUGAAGAAGAAAUGGUCGAACCUGUUGCAGCAAUACAAAGAACUGAGGAAUCCGGUACACGGAGACAGAAACAAGGCGGACGACGUAUCGUGGCCCUUUUACAGCGCGAUCGACCAGGUCCUCGGACACGAUCGAGCAACAUCGCCGAUCAACGACGAGUACAUCGAUCCGCACGAAUUCCUCUGCGUCUCCGUGACACCGGAAGAGCCCACCUCCUCCGUCGACACGCUUCCUGCGGGAUCGAAUCCGGAAAUCGUACGUCGAGCCGGUGAUUCAUCGGCCGAGCCAAGGUUGCAAACAUUCGGCGACGAUUGUUCCAUUGAAAUCAAGAGGAUACCUUCUAACGAACCUACCAGACAAACGGGAAAAUAUUACGGGAGGAGGAAACGGGACUCGAAGAACUCGAUGCCCCGUCUACCACGCGCCACGGGGCUCACGAUCAAGAAAGUAACGUCAGAGGCUGACUGCUCCUCUAAGGACUCGUCCAGGGUACGAGGAAACGAGCUGGUCGAUUCCAUAGGAGACAAAGAACGAGCGGUUACGGCGCGUAACGAGGAUGAGGAAAGGCCUAGAAAGUCGAGGAGAAGCCGAAUACCGUAUCGCGAGGAUCACGAGUCACGGACCGAUCGUCGUAUCGAGCAGAUCUUCGAAUACAUCAAAAGAAGGGACGAGGAGAAUAGAUCCAUCAUGAUCCGGGUGAUGCACGCCGUGGAGACCAUCGCCAACAAGCUGUGACAUCCUUCUAUCCGCGGACCGGUGAAAGGGAUUGCGUUCGAACGCUUUCUAACUACCAUUGAUUAAGUCGAUGCAACGUGUACAUGUUAAAACAUUUUCUAAGGUUAUACCGUAUUGUUUUGGUACGUUGUAUUCAAUUGUUAUUUUAUAUUCCUAUGGGAAGUCACCGGAGAACUUGAAAAUUAUCAUAUCAUUCUUUGUACGAAAUAAAUCAAUUAUUAUUGUUGGAAAA